UUGACGCUUGUGUGAGUCAAUCAAACAGAUAAAAGUGGUUAUCGUUUUUGUUCCAAUUUAUAUAUCGUUCCUUUAGUUCCUUAAAAACGCUAAAAACGUGUGCUAGUACUUUGUGGAGUGCAUGUUCUGGUAUUCGGUUUUGGUGUUAUUCGGAAAAAGGAGCUAAGUUUUAUUAAAAUGGAUGCAUCGAAGGAAGAUACUGAGCCAGAGUCAUGUAACGAGUCUGAAGAUGGCAAAAAAACCUCAGAAAAUCAUAUGGUUCCAGCAUAUAUGGGUGCUUUAAUGCGUCGCCAAUUUUUGCAAGAAAUGGUGAAAAAUCUUCCAUCCUCGAUACAAAAUCGCAUUACUUCUUUGAAAAAUAUUCAACUUGAUCAUCUUAAAGUCGAAGCUGAGUUUUUUGAAGAGGUUUACAAGUUAGAAAUGUUGUAUCAAAAAAAGUAUUUACCAUUUUUUGAAAAACGCAAAGAAAUCGUUACUGGAAAAUUUGAUCCUCCAAAAGAAGAACCUAAGUGGAACACAGAGAAUAGUGAUAUUGAUCAAUCAGUUGGCUCAGAUUUCUCUCAAAUCUUAAAGGAAUUUAAAGAUAUUCCUGAGGACACUAAGGGUAUUCCAAACUUUUGGUUAACUAUAUUCAGAAAUACUGAGUUGUUAUCAGAAAUGGUGCAGGAACAUGAUGAGCCGGUUUUGAGAAAACUAACUGAUAUAACUAUUAAAUAUGAAGAACAGCCCGGGUAUACAUUGGAAUUCCACUUCGAUAAAAAUGAGUAUUUCUCUGAUCCAGUUUUAACUAAACAAUACUUUUUAAAAUCCACUGUGGAUGAAGAAUACCCUUUCAGCUUCGAAGGUACAGAAAUAUUUAAGUGUAAGGGUUGUAACAUCAAUUGGGAAAAAAAGAUGAAUUUAACUGUUAAAACAAUAAGAAAGAAGCAGAGACAUAAGGAACGUGGUGCUUUCCGUACUAUUGUUAAACAAGUUCCAAAUGAUUCCUUCUUCAAUUUCUUUAACCCUCCAGAAGUACCAGAUGAUAAAGAAGAGGUGGAUGAAGAUACUCAAAGUUUAUUGGCUACUGAUUUCGAAGUUGGUCACGUUCUACGCGCUCGCAUUAUACCAAAAGCUGUUUUAUAUUACACCGGUGAUAUAAUCGACGACGAGGAUGAUGAUGAUGACGAGUUUAACGGAGAAGAGGAUGACGAAGACGAGGAUGAUGAAUCUGGAGAUGACGAUGGUAAAAAUACUGGUAGCAAACAAAAACAAUCAGUAAAAGAAUGUCAGAAUCAAUAAUUUUAAAACAAUUCUCUUUUUUAAUGAAGGUUAAACUUUAAAAUUCCAAGAAAUGCUCUGUUUAACUUAUAAUUUCAUUGGAUCCAAGAAAAACUAGAAAAAUUCAAGAUCCAUUAACAUUUUAUUUACUCAAAUAUAAAUUUAAGAUGGCUUUAUGUUACAAUUUAUUCAAAGCAUAACAUUGUAAUUUUCAUUUAAAUUUUUUCCAAUAAAAUUUUUACUAUAGAAGAAAAAAAUAUAUUUAAUUUUUUUUAUGAAUUUUAUUUUAAAUAAAAGAAAAAUAAAUUCCUGUAUUCAAAUUAUAUUAUUUAAAAGAAGUCAGUGA